AUGAGCGCCAGCGUCCGCAAUGCGCCCCUAUCACCAAUCUCUCUAGGUGGAAACGAGUGGCUCCCGAAGACCGACGACGGCUCUGGUCCUGGCCCAGCCUCGGGCUCCCUGCCCAGCGGCCGCGGCAACCUCGCGUCCCCCCCCCUCUCCAGCAGUUCCAACACGAACGCCAUCAUGAGCAUGAACGGCUUCGCCACCGGGCCCCGGAGUCCCGGCGGCGCACCGUCGCCGCCCGCCUCGGUAGGCCGCUCCAGCAUGGGCGGCUCCGGCCCCGGAUACGCACGCAGCGACAGCGCUCGCAACAGCACCCGCACCGAGGCCCCCCUCGACGAGACCGUCCUCCAGGAUCACUACUACGCCCUCAAGCUCUUCCUCCAGGGCCGCGAUCCCAACGCCGGCAACCCCCCCAACAAGGCGCGCGACAAGCUCCUCCGCCUCUCGUCCGUCCAGUUCUACGAGCUGAGCACGGACGUCUACGACGAGCUGCGCCGACGCCAGGCCGCCGCCCGCGCGCCGCCCAACGCCCCCCAGGGCCCUCCCCCUUUCCUGCUGCCGGAGAAGACCUUCCACCCGAAGAGGAAUCAGGCCCGCCAGCGCCUGUCCUCCCUCGGCCCCCCUCGCUUCCGCGACCUCGCCACCGACGUCUACCACGAGCUGGAGCGCCGCUUCCCCGGGUUCGUCGGCACCGAGAUCCCCCGCGGCGUCAGCUCCAUGUCCAUGCGCGGCCCUGGCCGUACGGGGACGCCCUCCAACGGCUACGGCCGUCCGCCCCGGAUGCGCCAGCCCUCGGAUGCGGGCUCCAUGCGCGGCCCUCCGCCCCUGGACGCCUACGGCGUACCCCCCUCGCCCAGCCUGCCUCCGGGCGAGUUCGGCCGCCCCAUGCAGAAGCAGCCGAACCAGAACAACACCAUCGUGCCCAACAAGAGCACCAUGGUCGAGGAGGACGACGACACCGAUCCUUACGGCCUGGCCAGCAACCGGGAGAGCAAGCGAAGUGCCGGAAGCUCAGACAGACUGGUGGACAGCUGGCUGACCUCUCUCCAGACCGACAAGAAACUCAUCGAAGACUACCAAUCACAGGUGCAGGAGCUGCGCGAGAAGAUCGACAGCAUGGAAGACGCCAUGAAGAAGAAGGAGGAUGAGCUGACGAGCGCGCUCUCAUCCUCCAGCGACAAGGAAGAGUGGGAUCAGGUGCGCCGGCUGCUGGAGAGCAGGCUGGCCGAGGCGCAGGACCUCAACGACUCGAUGAAGCAAGAGCUGGACAGGAUGCGCGACGACCACGGCAACGAGACGCGAGAGCUGCAGAGCCAGAUGUCCGAGCUGCAGCAGCAGCAGCAGCAGACCGGCGGCUUCGGCAACGCCGAAUCCGACCUGCAGGAGGAGAACAGGAACCUGCGCGAGUCGCUGAUGGAGCAGCGGCAGGUGACGGACGAGGUGCGCCACCAGGCAGAGCAGUUCAUGUCGGAGAUGCGGGUGCUGUCGCAGCAGAGCACGACGACGCACGAGAAGCAGAUCGAGCUGGAGCAGACGGUCGAGAGACUCGAGGGCGAGGUGCAGCAUUGGAAGGCCAUGUACGCGCGCGCCAGGACGCAGCUGCGCAGCAUGAAGGCGUCGUCGGCGGGGCUCGCCAUCGGGCAGGGCGCCGGGGGCCUGGUGCGCGACGGCGGCUUCACCUCGGAGGCGGGCCUGAUCCGCGACGUACACGUCACGCGCUUCCAGAUCGCCGUCGACGACCUCGUGCAGAAGGCCCACGGCGACCGUGCCGACGAGGUGGUCGAGACCAUGAAGUCCGUCAUUGCCAGCGUCCGCCGCAUCACGCGCGACGUCGACACGACGACCGACGUCGGCAACCCGGCCGACGAGACCUUCCUCCGUCAGAAGUCCAAGCUCAAGGGCAAGGUGUCGAUGACGGCCAACAACCUGAUCACGGCGUCCAAGAACUACGCGGCCGGCGGCGGCCUCUCGCCCGUAUCCCUCGUCGACGCCGCAGCCGACAACCUGACGGGGGCCGUCGUCGAGCUCGCGCGCGUGGCCAGGAUCCGCCCGACGCCGGCCGAUCAGCUGGAGCGGGAAGAUGCGGGAGAAUCGGGGAGCGUCACGCCCGUCGAGUCGGCCGCCUUCUUCUCGCCACCUUCCAGCGCCGGCCUCCCCCGAUCGGCAACGACGGGACGCGGGGUCAUGAGCACGAACCGCCACAACGACGACGACGACGAGUUAGACGGCCUGCACAUGGAGCGCAGACGGAUUCUUGUCAUGGUAUUGGGAUAUCUUUGA